GAGCCCAGACCGUGGAAAAGGAGGCUGCUGGCUACGCUUCAGAGCGCCCUUACGCUUGUUCUGAACCACCCCCUAUUCCUUUAUCCUUGUGUAAUGUUCGCAUUAUCAUUUCUCUGAGAGACGAAUGACGUCUGGCAUGGAUGUAAAAGUGAAUUGACAAACUCAGGAGGUGCAUUAAGUGCAAUGUCAAUAUGGUAAAAGUUUUUGUGCUCCAGCGGUUUCCACGAGUCAGUGAGGAUACACUGAAUUUGUAACCAUGUAUAUUCUGCCACUGGUGUUUCUACUUGGUGUAACCUACGCCCAAGAAGAAGGGCCACCAGUGAUCAAGGAGCACCCCAGUAAUGUGGUGGCUCGCCGCAACGACCCCGCCACCCUCAACUGUGCCGCCUCUGGUGCCGCCCGCGUCAGGUGGUUCCGUGACGGAGAAGAGGUCGUCACCUCAACACAAGACCCUCGCUCCCACCGUGUCCUCCUGCCCUCUGGUUCCCUCUUCUUCCUCCGUGUUACUGCCACCAGGAAGGACAGUGACACAGGCACCUACUGGUGCGUGGCGUCCAAUAGCUACGGCACUACACGCUCCCACAAUGCCACACUGACCGUGGCCACCCUUGCGUAUGACUUCCAGAGCCAGGCAGAGCCCACGGUGAAGGCCAGGGUAGGUGACUCUGUCAGCCUUCCAUGCCGGCCGCCCAAAGCCACUCCUCCGCCUGAGCUGACCUGGCUGAGGGACGGCCGGCAGGUGACCAACUCCAGUCGUGUCAGCGUCACUGAGGCUGGAGACCUGGUCAUCAGCCAGGCCGUCCAGGAAGACUCUGCAGCCUACGUGUGUCGAGCCCGUAAUGCUGCUGGGACCAGGGAGUCUUCUCCAACUCAACUCACAAUAAUGACUCCACCGCUAUUUGAGGAGAAGCCAGCCAAUGUGACUGCUCCGUCAGGAGUGGUGGUAGUUCUGAUAUGUCGGACACAAGGAUCUCCAGUUCCCACAGUGACAUGGCGGCGGCUGGAUGGCAAGAUGCCACUGGGACGAGUCAAAAUGGAAGAAAUGCAACAACGUCUGGUGUUGCAACAGGUGACAGUUGCUGACUCAGGCAUAUAUGUGUGUGAAGUGGAGAAUGAGGCGGGAAUUGCUAUAGCACAGGCAACUGUCACCAUCGUUGAUGCUCCGGAGCUGGCUGAUGCACCACAGAACCUUCAAGUUAUGGUUGGUGAAAGAGCAAAGGUUUCAUGCCGCAUGAAGGGUGAGCCUCAGCCAUUGGUGUUGUGGCGUCUGCCCACACUAGACAGAACGGCCCUCCUCACCACAGGCCUGUCAAGGGGUCAUACCUCUGUGUCUGAUGAUGGACACCACCUCCUGUUGGAGAAUGCAGCUACUGAGGACAGUGGUACUUACUAUUGCUGGGGUGUUAGCAGUGGUGGCGGUGUAAGAGGGCAGGCAGAAGUUGUAGUGGUGUCAGCCCUUCCACCACCUGUGAUGGGCACUGAGCCCAGAGAUCUUAUGGUUGCCCCAGGAAGUACUGCCUCUUUUCCAUGUGAGGUAGUGAGUGAGGCCGCUGAGGCUACCAUUUCCUGGUGGUACAGACCGGCUGUUCAUUUGCCGUCCCGCCAACUUUCCCAGGACUCUGAUGACCCCCGGAUCUCUCUCCAAGAGAAUGGUGCCCUGAUUCUCAAGAAUGUGCAUCUAGAUGAUGCAGGCAUAUAUACGUGCCGUGCUAUGGCAAACACUGGCACUGUGGAACAAGCAGCUGUACUGAAGGUAGAGCGUGAUGCUCACAUCCUUAAACCAUUACUGUUACCAGCUCCUCCCACAAAGCCCCGUCUUAUGGCAAUGAACCAAACAGCAGUACAGCUGAGUUGGCUUCCUAACUCUCAAGUGAGUGGGGAGUCUGGUCAGUGGUACACAGUAGAGUACUGGAGGCAGGGCUGGGAUGAAUGGCGAGUGGCUGAUGCCAUCAUAAUCAAGGAGUCGUGUGUGGUGAGUCGUCUCACACCUGGACACACCUACACUUUUCUAGUCCGUGCUGUUAACAACAUAGGACAGUCAUUUCCAAGUCCUUGGUCAGAUCCAGUCACCACCCGCUCUCCUCGUGAUCCCAACCUUACUGUCAACCAGGUCCGCCAAGCCCGGCGCCGCCUUGCUCGGCCUAUUGUCACCCUCACUGAUGCCGCCAUCACGGCACCUGACAGUGUCCUGCUCACCUGGGACUUCCUGGCCCCAACAGAUGGAGCUGUGGAGGGCGUGUUGGUGUACUCCAUAGCAGAGGUGGGCACCGUGCAGGUGGCUACUGUCCUGGGUGCAUCAUCUUCAUCCCACCUUUUGCAUGACUUGAGUCCCAACACCCCCUACACCUUUUUCAUUGUCCCUUUCUGGCACAGUGUUGAGGGCACACCCUCCAACUCUCGCUCACUCACUACAUCUGAGGAUGUUCCUGCGAUUGCUCCUAAGGAUGUGCACAUCACGGUGCAUGAGGAAGGCUCUGUACUCAUCAGGUGGGCGAGUGUGAGUGCCGAGGAAGCCCGCGGGGACCUGGUGGGUUACCAGGUAACAAUAAGCCACAAUGGUAGCCAGACCACAGAGACGGUGGCAAGCCCCUGGCUGGAGGCCCGCAGCCUCUUGCCUGGCCGCCUCUACACUGUGCGCGUGGCAGCCGUCACGGGCGCAGGUCCUGGGCCCUUCAGUGACCCUGUCCUGCUCGAUGCUGGGCCCAGUGAUGCCCACAGCAUUCAGAGGGUCAAUAAGGAUGAUGAUAGUAGUAGUUCUGUAAUGUAUGCUUCACCACAGCCAGAGUGGUUGAUGUACUUACUAGUUCCCUUAGUACUAUUGGUGCUGGUGGUCACCUUGUUGUAUGUAAAGCACUUGCGUCAAAAAGCACCCCCUUCCACAUCACCUCAGACACCUACCCUCUACCAAGACGCAUCCAUCUACCCAGACCAUCAUUCAGUCAACAUGUACAGCGAGCAAAAAUUAUGGCAUCCUUCAGAGAGUGACAAAGAUUCUAGUUUGUCAUCAGCGCGACUCGUGCGUCCAGACCAACUCGUGAACGAGUACGCAGAGCCACGUGUACAUAACGAUACAAUGACGGAACCGUAUGCCACCACAGCAUUAUUGGCUCCUCCAUCACCCUGUAUGACCCACGGCACUCCCUGGCAACACCAUAGUGAUGACUCUGGCGUACAGGUCAACUGGGCUGCAUUUCUUCCUCCUCCACCUGCGUGUCCCCCACCAAUUAACCUGGGAAACCCAACUAGACCUGGAGGCAGUGAUCAACAGGAACCCCGGAUGAGGUCGCCUCCUGCGUCACAGUAUGACAACAGAAGUAGUUCUGAGCAGUAUGAGAGGCCAUGCGAUGCUGCCUCAGAACACACAUAUGACGUAUAUACACAUGUGACACCUGCUGACUGCAGAGAAGGGUUCCUUACCUUCAGCACGCUGCAGGGUCAUGGUUGUCAAAAAGUUCACGCUGAUUGCCACCCUCCACCAUCUGCUGACCUGCCACACAGUAACACACACUAGUGCCAUUGUCUCACACGUCUGACGAACUGGCAGAUUUCCCUCAUAGAAUCCACCAGCGCCACCUUUGUCUCCUGGGUCAAAGAUACCUUCACUCAGGAUGAAGUCAGAGACCUGAUGGUACACCUUGAGACAUUCAGUAGCGAACAACUCACUGAACUCAGAGUUUAAAUAAGUGUUAAAAGGUAAGAUUCCCAGUAGACAUAGCCAUCAUGAUCAGACAAAAGAAAUAUGUAAUUCCUACCACUCCUUCGGUCAUUGAAGACUGAAGAGUUGUUCAUUGACAAUGUCCUCCAUGUCAUCCACAGCCUGUCAUCCACAGCCUGGAUGACAGCCAUGUCAUCCACAUUUGGUCGUGUAUUUAAAUCACCCAUAAGCCCUUUGUUAGUCCACUCAUGCUCAUCACAAAACUUGUGUUGGCACACUCAUGCUCAUCACAACCGUUGUGUUGGUACACUCAUGCUCAUCACAACCCUUGUGUUGGUACACUCAUGCUCAUCACAACCCUUGUGUUGGUACACUCAUGCUCAUCACAACCCUUGUGUUGGUACACUCAUGCUCAUCACAACCCUUGUGUUGGUACACUCAUGCUCAUCACAACCCUUGUGUUGGCACACUCAUGCUCAUCACAACCCUUGUGUUGGUACACUCAUGCUCAUCACAACCCUUGUGUUGGUACACUCAUGCUCAUCACAACUCAUGUGUCAGUUUGCUUACCCCUUUACAAUCCUCACUGUGUCACAAUAGUCCUGCAGUUAGCAGCACAAUGGGUUCACGUCCAAAAGGUCCCAGGUUCGAUUCCCACCCAGAACGGAGGCAUUUGAAUACAGGUGUAUCCUUUUAUCGGAUGCUUCUCUUCGCCUAGCAGUAAACAGAUACCUGCAAGUUAGAUAGCUGUUGCUGAUUGUCCUUUAAAAAAGGUCAGGCGCUGACCUAUGCUGUCGUAAAAAAAUGCUUCCCGUUCCCAACACAACAACAAAAGAGUUCAUGACCCCUGUGGUCAAGACCUGCACCAUCUUCACUUGCAGCGGUACACUCACCCUACACUAAUGAUACACUUGCCCCCUUGAGGUCAUUGCGAAAUUGCUUUUGCACUCACAACACUUAUCAAGAUUCAUUUCUCAAACCUGUCACACCCACCUAGGAAGGUAAGUCAGGCACAUGUUUACCGCACAUUUCACACAUCUUCAUCACAUGUGAAAAGGGCACUACUUCCAGUGGCUUCCUCACACUACAUCACUCUGGUUCACUUGGAAGUUGCCUUAUACCCUCGUUACUUUAUUUAUACUUUACUUCCACAUGUUAAUAAAUUUGGUUUACUGUUUAUCUAUACCUGUUACUCGUAUUCUUAAUAACGUGUUAAUUGUGGAAUUAUUUAAAUCAGGAGAGGUAUGUGCUUUUCCGAGCAAAUUAGAAUGCAAAUAUCCUAACCCACACAUAUGAAAUGGUAUGAAAGUUAUGACGUUUCAGUCUAUCCUGGACCCUUAUGAAGUCACACUUUGUACGUGAUAAGGGUCGAGGGUGGACCGAAACCUCGUCAUUUUCCUUCUUUUCAUAUGUGUGGGGUUGAGUGUUUAUUGUUUUUGCAACAUUGUUUCUUGUUAAAGGUUUGACCAUGUGCAGAAUUACCUCCUGUUCUAUGCCUCUGUAAUUUACACCCACGAUACCACCUGCAUACAGCGCCUGUGUUAACACAACACACACCAGUGUCACCUUAGGCUACUACACCCUCGAGUAACGUUGCCCCCGUCAACUGCUACACUACCAGUAGCUUCUACACCCACCACCUACACCAAGUGAUAUACUAUGUACGUUAGUGCCAAACACUGCCUGCCAGUUACAUUACAUGAUCAUUUCUAUGUUAUUUGUUGCUAGUCACUGAAUGUAUAUAUGUAAAUUAAAAAUUUAUAUUUUUAUUAAACAUUGUAAAUAAUG